AUGGGUUGUUGUUAACAGAUACCUUUCAAAGAAAAAGAAUCAUAGAUAGUAGGAUAGAUCUCUAUUAAAGAAGAAUUUUCUCCAAAAGCACUACAAAUUCAACCACUCUCCUUAAAUUUAAUAAAAGGGGAUGUAGAUAGUAUAGAGCUUCAAGAAAAGGUGGAAAGACUUGGGAGCACAUGUGUUGAUAAUGUAUUAAAUGAGAAACAACACAGCAAAUUGGAAAACGAGGUGAAUGAUUAAUUUAAGGAUGAAGUUAUUAUUAAUUUGCGAUAAACUUCAAAUCCACUAUAAUUGAUUAGAGAUGGCAGUAGCAAAAAUCUAAACAAAAAAUUUAUAGGAAUGUUAUGA